GCUGAAGGAUUUGGCUGAAUCCGAAUCCUGCUGAAAAAGGCUGAAUCCUUAACCGAAUCCUGGAUUCGGUGCAUCCCUGAUUUUUGGAGAGUGCCGACAGGAUGGGAAAAGAGAGGUGCUUGGACAUUACUGACAGUGUGGGCCAGCAAAUGGGAAGGCUCAAUUUCGUUUGGUGUUCUUCUCCUCGGGGAAUAGUAGUAGCGGUCAGUGUUUCAGCUUUGGCAUAUUGUUAUGAGCAUAAUAUUAUCAGUUCAUUGCUCGCUUUAACAUAUUCACAUCCACAGAAAUCAGCUCGUAACAGCUAGACCAUCCUACUUGCUUUGUACUUAGGAUUUGUACCUAUGCAGUAGCCCCUAGCAACCAGUCAUGCCCCAUUGCUACCUUUUCUCCAAGAAAAUACUGCCCAUCCUCUAUUUUCAUUUUUCUUCCUUAUUAAUGCUUUUGUAUUCAAUAGCUUGAUUCAGGACAAUUUCAUGGAUGCAUAUGUAGUUAGAAAAUCAGCAGCUACAAGCAAAAGAGGUCGUGUGGGAAGUAAUGAUCUCAACAAACCAAAUGAAGAACCACUUACAAAGAAGGCAAACACUCACAAAGACACUGUUUGCUUAAUCCCAGAUCAUUUUAUAUGGAAGAAACUACAAGCAGAGAAUCUUGACUGUGAUUACACAUCUCUGUUCAGUAAAAAUGAAGCAGAUGACAUAUUUCAAAAACUAGAAAAGGACAUAGUAUAUUUUUCAGGGAAUCUGAGUCGAGUUAUGGUUUUUGGAAAAUGGCAUAAUGUCCCAAGAAAGCAAGUUACAUAUGGGGAUGAGGGCUUAAACUACACAUUUUCUGGGAUUACCUUGUCUCCUAAACCUUGGAUUCCAGUUUUAGCCCACAUAAGAGUGAGAUUACAGUUAGCCACUGGGCACUCCUUCAAUUUUGUACUUAUUAACAGGUACAAAGAUGGUAAUGAUCACAUCGGUGAACACAGAGAUGAUGAAAAAGAGCUGGUCCCACAGAGUCCAAUUGCUUCUGUGUCCUUUGGAGCCUACCGAGAUUUCAUCUUUCGCCAUAAAGAUGCUAGGUGUAAAAACCCUGUGCGUCAUAUUCAGCCUGUAAAGGUGGAACUAGCCCAUGGUAGCCUACUUAUGAUGAACUAUCCCACCAAUGUCUACUGGUAUCACAGCCUUCCUGUCAGGAAGAAAGUUCUAUCUCCGCGAGUCAACCUAACUUUUCGUAAUAUUUGUCUGGGAAGUUUAAAAUGAGCACAAUUCAGUGCAAAGUGUAUACUGUAAUUCUAAAACUUUAAUUUGUGCAUCUGUUUCAGAGGAAUCUGUUGCUAUAAAUUGCU